AUGGCGGCAAGAACAACCCCCCGCCUCCUCGCAUUAUCCCAGAGGCUGGCCCCCUUCCUCCUCGCCGACGCGACAGCAACGACGCCCGCGCUCCUCACGAGGUCAAGAACACACGCCGCCAUCGCGCAACGCACACACCCCCGCCCGACACCGCAGCGCCGCUUCCAACACACGAUCCCGCGCUUCACCGGCCAAAACCCCUUUUCCGCCAACCCCACGCCGCCCCAAAACGCUGCAGCCGCAGACCCAGCAUCGCCAAACCCGCCCGACAACUCCGGCCUAGACGCCCCAACCGCCACCACAACAACAACAACAACAACAACAACCCCCGAAAACACCAGCCGGCAGAACCGAAUCCAGUCCCAGCCGCACUACCAGCUGACUUUCACGUGCGUGCCCUGCGGCUCGCGGUCCAAGCACGCCGUCUCCAAGCAGGGCUACCACCACGGCUCCGUCCUCAUCACCUGCCCGGACUGCCGCAACCGCCACGUCAUCAGCGACCACCUGGGCGUCUUUGGCGACCGCAAGGGCGUCACUGUCGAGGACCUCAUGCGCGACAGGGGCCUGCUCGUCAAGAAGGGGACCCUCGGCGAGGAUGGCAGCAUCGAGUUCUGGGAGGACGACCUGCCCGGCGGUGCAGCGGAGCCGUAG